GGCAGGGGGCGUCACCGUUUGCGACUGUACCUUCCCGACGGCUUAGCGCAGAGACGAUCGGAUGAGUGAAGGAAAAUGACCCACCCGAGGCCCCGCGGACGGCUAGUGGCAGAACCGAGGAAUUUGUUUGCUAGAAAACAAAAUGCAAGACUUGACAGACAGAAUGACUUGGGAUGGAAGUUGUUCGGAAAAGUCCCCCUCCGAGAGAAUUCUCAGAAAGAUUCGAAGAAAAUACAAAAGGAAUAUGAAGAGAGAGCCGGCCGCCCUCACAAGCCCCCGUCCCCGAAGCAGAACGUGAGGAAGAACCUGGAUUUUGAACCCCUCUCCACCACCGCCCUCAUCCUCGAAGACAGACCGGCAAACCUCCCUGCCAAACCCGCCGAAGAAGCUCAGAAACACAGGCAGCAGUACGAAGAGAUGGUGGUUCGGGCCAAAAAACGAGAACUCAAAGAAGCCCAGAGGAGGAAAAAGCAACUGGAAGAAAGAUGUAAACUGGAAGAAAGCAUCGGCAACGCCGUCCUGACGUGGAACAACGAAAUCCUCCCCAACUGGGAGGCCAUGCGCGGCUCCCGGAAGGUGCGGGAGCUCUGGUGGCAGGGCAUCCCGCCCAGCGUCCGAGGCAGAGUCUGGAGCUUGGCCAUAGGAAACGAACUCAAUAUCACCCACGAACUCUACGAUAUCUGCCUAGCUCGAGCCAAAGAGAGAUGGCGAUCCCUCAGCUCCGGAACCACCGAAUUGGAAAACGAAGACGCGGGGUUUUCGGCAGCGGACCGGGAAGCCAGCCUGGAGCUCAUCAAACUGGACAUUUCCCGCACGUUUCCCAAUCUCUGUAUCUUCCAGCAAGGCGGUCCGUACCAUGACGUGUUGCACAGUAUUUUGGGGGCGUAUACUUGUUACAGACCAGAUGUCGGUUACGUUCAAGGCAUGUCAUUCAUAGCGGCCGUGCUCAUUUUGAAUUUGGAUUCUGCCGACGCCUUCAUCGCAUUUUCUAACCUUUUGAAUAAACCCUGUCAGAUGGCGUUUUUCCGGGUGGAUCACGGCCUCAUGUUGACUUACUUCGCAGCGUUUGAGGUGUUCUUUGAGGAAAAUCUGCCAAGGUUAUUUGCCCAUUUCAAGAAAAAUAACCUGACUCCGGAUAUCUACCUGAUUGAUUGGAUCUUCACCUUGUACAGCAAGUCUCUGCCGCUGGACCUGGCCUGCCGGGUCUGGGACGUGUUCUGCCGGGACGGGGAAGAGUUUCUGUUCCGGACGGCCCUGGGCAUCCUGAAACUCUUCGAAGACAUCUUGACGAAGAUGGACUUCAUCCACAUAGCCCAGUUCCUCACGAAGCUCCCGGAGGACUUGCCUGCCGAAGAAUUCUUUACGUCUAUUGCGGCGAUCCAGAUGCAGAGCAGAAACAAAAAAUGGGCUCAGGUCCUAGCUGCGCUGCAGAAAGACAACCGGGACAUGGAACGAGGAAGCCCCGCUCUCAAACACUGAAACCGCCCUGGGCCCCGCCGGCCGCAUCACGGGGCCGGGAAACGGAGGGCGGGGGUUCCGGAGGGGGGCUCGGGCGGGGAGUCUGGAUACGACCACUGGAGACGGCCUUAAAGAACCGGGUGUCCGUCCCCCCCCCCCCCCCCAAAAAAAAAAACAACAGCCGAGGCAUAGCCUUAAACUCGGCGGGGCCGACGGCACGCUGUGUGUCGUCCUGCCGUUACGCUUUCUGCGAAAGGGCCGCGAAGCUGGGGGGUUUCCCUCUCGGUUCCAGCACAAGCCAACGAAAGAGCGCGGCGGCGGGGGGGCGGGGAGCGAAGGGGGCGGCGGCCGGCGGGGGCGGUUGCUUAAAAAUACCUUCGGGGUCCCGUCGCCGUCCCGGGGCGGAAGAAACGCGAGUCGCGGGACCCGUGUGGGGUGGCCUCGGGUCCGGGCGCUGGCCGGACGCUGGGAUCCGGUUCGCCUAGCGACCUCCUUCAUCUGCCUUGGAUUAAAGAAAAAAAAAAAAAAAGAAAAGCUAGAGACGGGAUUCGAGAGCACUCAUCAGAGACGCCACGUGGCAAAAACGUGGUCGUGUGUCUGAUGAGGCGGAAAGUCGGAGCGCCGCGAGUUCGAAACCACUUCAACGUCGACGGGACAGGGUGUCGAGCUGGCUUCCGAGAUGCCUUGCCACGUUUCUUUCAGCUCGGAGUGUCGGUUAAGAAAUGACCCGCCGAAAAUCCUAGUCUCCGCCACGCCACCGAUAUCAUUGGUUUUUUGUUUCGUUGGUUUUGUCUCUCACGAAGAUCCUCUCGCCUCUCCUUAACCGGCCGGCGGGCUGGAUCCUUUGAGCGCGACACUGUUCAGUCAUCGGCCCGGGCCGCCCGGCGUGGACACGGAGACGAGGGGACCGGAAGCCGCCGGGCAGGCGGGCCCGUAAACCCACGGUCCGCGAGUGCCGGUGCCGACUUGUAGAUCCCCGAGUGCCGGCGGCGACCUCUUCAACCCCUCGGCGAGAGGAUCGUCGGCAUCCGAGAGCCCCGUGCGGCCCGCUGUGCCGAGCGCUUGGGAGACCGCCGUAAAAUGUGGCGUGCCGUGCUCUGGAAGCCCGCUGCCGCCGGGGAAGCGACGCGCAGCUCGUCGUCCUAAACCGGAGCGGUCCCGUGGCACCGGACGACGUCCCGGCGAGCUCCGGGAUGUCGAGUCGUUAAGGAUCCCGGUUAUCGGGAGCGGGGUGGGAAACGAUCCAUUCUGGCCCGCGGGCGGCCGACGUAAAAAUAGGGGCGCACGUGACGUGCCGGUCUCGGCCCCGACCCCGGGCGAUUAGCCACUACCUUGUUCUCCUGACAUUCCGGCCCUUUCGGCUACCUGGGAGGGCCCUAUCCCACCCCACGACCUCGACCUCCGGACAGACGUCUCGGGAUCCCGUCGGUCGGAAGACAGACCCUCCCGCCGCCCGCCCCGGGGGAACGGCUUUGCCGGUCCCCCCGGCCCCGCCGCCGCAAGCCCGGAGGUUCCGUCGGCCGUUUCCGGUGGCGAUCCUCUCCUCGGACGCCGAGUUGCGGGGAGGGGCCCCCGGGCCCGAGAGACUCGGAUCCCCGAGGCCCGUCCCCCGCCGGGCGGGCCGCUCGCUCGACUGACGCUUCGUCCUUAAGUGCAAUAGAAAAUCUGACGGUGGACCAUUUUCCUACGGAGACGUUGAUUUCUCUGGGGUCCCGUCCCCCGCCCCGUAAUCCCACCCGCCUGCCGCCUGGGCUCUCACACUACAUGUGGCCUGUGACGUUUCCGGAGACCGCGUCAGCCUCGGGGGACGUUCCGCCGGGCGCAACGAGAACCGACUGCGACCCGGCCUCUCUCCUCCGCCCCCGGCCUCCGAACGCCGACCCGCCCGUCCUUCCGCCGAGGCGUCUCCCCCUCCCCCGGGGCUCCCCCCUCCCGAAGCGGAGACGUUGAAUGUACCCGGGGGCCGCAGCACUCGCGCCCGCCUCCCAGCGGCCGACGGCGAUUGCUCUCCUCCUCCCGUCACUUGGGAUUUCUGUGCUUUCGAGGCGUACGUAUUUUCUACCCUUCCUCUGUGUAAAUAGAGGCCCGUUUCUUACGUCGUGAAGAAAAGCAAUGCAAUAAUGAGCUUUGCACAACCCGAUCGGAAAGCGGCGGGGAGUCGUCACCUGCCGACGCAGCCGCGGGGGAGAGCCUGAUUCGACCGAUGGGAAACGUGCCCCUGGCGGGAUGGGGCGGACGGCGCGUCGCGCCGUCCCGGGCCGCCCCCCCGGCCUGCGGAGCGUGGAUUGGCAAGGGCAGACCGCGCUCCAAAAUCUCCUCACGUCCGUUCCGUUCAAAAUGGCGCACGUGACGAUUCAGGGACCACUGUGUGGUGUGUGUGUGUGUGUGUGUGUGGUUUUCUGGUUGUUUUUUUUUUGUCGUCGUCGUCGUCGUCGUCUGCCGACUUGAUCUGUCCCCUUCCAGGCGUUCGGGAGGUUCCGGGACCAUCCCCCGCCAGUGCACGGGAGCGCCGGGCACCCGUCCCGGGAGGGAGAGAGAGCCCGGCUCCCCGGACGGUAACUGGAGGUAAAUGGAAGUCGGCCCGCCUCCGACGCCCGGGACUCCGCCCCGACCCGCGGCUCCGUUACAGGAUCCGAGACUUCGAGUUUGGGAUUUUGUGCAGACGGCACUUUAUAUUGAAAAAGAAACUGCAUCUCCAGUCGAUAGGCUUGAACUUCUCAUCGAGUGAACUCGUUGGUCUGGAAAGGUACUUUAUAACGGCUUCUAUUUUUUGAAUGUUUUAAAUACUAGAAUCGCGUAGCGAAUUACGGAGACACUUACUGCGGAUCGUGAUUCACUCUGUACAGUUUAUCCGUCGGUUCCCUUUGAUUUGGUAAGUGUGUCAAACUAGAACUUUUUGAAUUGUAAAUAUGAUUUUAUUAAAUAAAAGUCAUGUAAAGUU